CAAAAUCAGAAGCCACUCAUUUUCUUCGUCUCCUAAAAACACUCUGACUCUCUCUUCUUUCCUUCUUCACCUUCUUCCUCUGUUGUCUUCUUCAUCUUCUUCUUACGAGAAGAAGAAGAUAAAUACUGAUUAGUAGGAGAUCAAAAGGUACGGACAUGGAAGGUAUAAUACCUAUGGUUUAUAAGGCAAUCAGGAAGAACAAAACUCGCCGGACCUACGAUAGUCUGUCGGCCGACGUAUCCCGACCUAUAAACAUCGCCGAUUUCUACCUCAAUGGCGGUCACACCGGUUAUGAUUAUGACGAUUCGACGUCGUCGAAGGACAGAAUCGGCCGUAGUUUCUACGCGGAGGCCGGCAACGUCGUCGGCACUCAUAAGCGACAUAGAUCUGUCGGAGAUUUUACAACGACAGACGAUCUUUCGUACGAUGCGUUUCCAUCACUCCCUCACGUUGAGCGGAAGCAGCAACUUGUGAGAUUUGGGAGCCACAGAAUGUUCUGCUGCGUAACCGGCGCGUAAGGCAUGUUCGGGUACUAACUAUGUAUUCUCUCUAUAUGAUUUCCGUUUAAUUAUGAUUAAAAAGAUUCAUAAAUGCUUGAAAAAGAAAAAGAAAAUUUCUUAAUUCGAUCGUCUUGGUUCUUUUUGGGGGGGGAAAUAGUC